UCCACUGAAUUACUAACGACAGGUUUGCUUCUCCAAUUUUUCUUGCGAUACACCUCUCUACAACAUCAUAACAUACACCCAUUACCACAAUCUCUACGGUCAAUACACCAUAAUAUAUCCCUCUAGAAACCUACGACUUUACAAAGACCACAAACCACAACAAUGACCUCCCCCAGCAACAACAACAGCCUCGACGACAUCUUCGGCUCCUCCCCACCCCACGACGACACACCAACCCACACAAUCGCCACCACAGCGCAAUCCGAACCCUCCGAACUGCCCUCCCUCCGCCGCCAACACGUAACAGCCGGCUAUCGCGACGGCGUCUCCGCCUCGAAAACUGAACACGUGCAAUCCGGCUUCGACGCGGGCUUUCCCGUGGGCGCCCAACUGGGCAUGAGAGCGGGGACGAUCCUCGGCAUUCUCGAGGGCGUGAUCCGGGGGUACGAGAGUCGUGCCUCGUCGGCGGUGAUCAAGAAGCCUGGUGCUGUGCGCGGCGGCGCGUCAUCAUCCUCAACGGAGAGCGAGGAGGCGGUGAAAAGCAGACUGGAGAAGAGGGAGAAGGUCCUCAAGCUCUACCAGGCCGCCAUCCGGGAAUUGGAUGUGCAGACCGUAUUCGCCGGUUUAGAUGGUACCUCUCAGGAAUUGAAACCGGAGGAGCGACUGCGGGGGCUCGGGGAUAAGGCCAUUUCGACCUGGGAAGAGAAAGUGAAAGUCGCGCAUUGGGAGGAGAUCAUGGACGCGCUGGAGAUGAAAGACGCGAAGCCACAGCCACAGGAGGACGAACAGGAACAAAGCUGAGCAGGGGCUUUACAGAC